GAUAACUUGUCAGCCUAAGCAAUGUGUAAUAUGUAAACUUUUACAUUUGUUUUCAAAACAAUAAACAGCUGAGCUGCUACUCACCUCCCACAAUGCCGGCAAUAUGGCGUUUGCAUUGCAAAAAAAGUAUGCAUACUAAGCUUUGGCGCCACUUCAGCACCAAAUCCAAACCAAACGCUGUGGUAAUUGCCGCUGCCGUGCGAACGCCAACAAAAUUGCCUGGCGGUGCGGCUAAGGGGGAGAAACAAUUGGCUGCCUUGAUCAUAGAUGAGUUGGUCAAGCGCACAUCCAUGCCGCGGGAUAUAUUCAAGCAGUUGAUUAUGUGCUCGUCCAGUGAUGUCGUAAGCGACGACACAAUCACACACAUGCUCAAAAAUUUGGGCUUAAAAAGCUGUGAAGCGCAUGCCCUACAGGACAAACAAUGCUCGCUCAAUGGUUUGCAAAUGUCACUGGAAAGAUUGCGACAAAAUCAAGAGCAGGAGCAAUGUAUUAUAUUGGCAGACACACGCGCUAAUCUGAAGCAGUCUGAUGAUCAAAUACUACAUAGUGAACUAAUGACUACAACAGGUUACUUCGGCGGAAAGGCUGCGCAAGAAGCUGGCAAUAUAGUGCAUGCUGGCGCCGCAGCUUUGGCUUUGACAACAACAAAGCUGGCAGAACGAUUGGACCUCCAGCCGUUGGCUUUAGUGCGUGAAUAUCUAGUCGAACAUAAUGAUAAACAGGCUAUAUAUCGCUUAAGUGGCAUGGAUCCAAUUAAAUUAACGGAUGUGCACAGCUGGCAGCUGGCUAUGGAGCAGCAAAGGCAACAAAGGCUGGGCACGUUGGCGAAUUUAAAAAGCAACGAUGUGAGCAUAUAUGAUGUAAACAAUAUAACUGCCAGCCACUUGCUGACGCACACUGUCCAUGCUCUGCCUAAUGGCAACAAGGCGUGUGUGGUUAUGGAGCAGGAAGGUCGUUGCUUGUUGUUAGUCUUGGAAAAGCUCAUACCCCAAUCCGCUAAGGGGUUGCCACAGCUAACGCUUUAUACCAAAGAGCCAUGCUCGCUUUGUGAUGAUCUGACGGCAGAGCUGGAAGAGAAAUUUCACGGUGAAUUCGAAUUGCAAAAGGUCUAUAUCGAUCAGAAAGAGAAUGUGCGCUUCUUGCGACUUUUUCGCUUCGAUAUACCCGUGCUAUUCCUCAAUGGGCAAUUUCUCUGCAUGCACAGGCUAAAUGAACAACUACUGCGCGAACGACUAGCGGCUUUGAAGAACAAUAAGACGGCUUAGACUUUUUAAACAACUGUAGAUAUAUUUAGUUUUAAACGAAAUUCACUGUAACGUUUAAAAGAUCUCCCCCAUGGGUUUGAUAGUCAGCU